AUUACAUAUUAAAUAUAGAUUAAAAUUUUAACCUUCCACUUCUUUACAUAUCUGCCCUCUUUCUUGACAGCUAACUUGUAAUCUCCCGCUGUACUCUGACCACUGGUCUCCGAUCGCCAUGUUGAUGGUGUAUAAACUACAAAGUACAAACCAUUAAUAUAUCUUUCUUUUCUUCACGUAAACCCUAAAUCUCCCCUCUUCUCUUCACCUGAUCCGUCUCCAAAGAAGCAGACUAGUUUACUCAACGUUCGAUUUAUUUUACAAUCAUGGCGAGGAAGAUGCUUAUUGAUGGAGAGCUGAAUCAGUCUAAUGAACAAGAGUCCCACUAUGAUUUUGAUUUGUUUGUAAUUGGAGCUGGAAGUGGCGGUGUUCGUGCUUCUAGGUUUUCAGCUAACUAUGGAGCUAAGGUUGCGAUUUGUGAGCUUCCUUUUCAUCCAAUCAGCUCAGAAGUAGUUGGAGGAGUUGGUGGAACAUGUGUUCUUCGUGGUUGUGUUCCAAAGAAGAUUCUAGUGUAUGGAGCAUCAUUUGGAGGUGAUAUUGAGGAUGCCAGGAAUUAUGGGUGGGAAAUAAAUGAAAAAGUGGAGUUCAACUGGAAAAAGCUAUUGCAGAAGAAGACAGAUGAAAUAACCAGGUUAAAUGGAAUUUACAAGCGGUUGCUGUCUAAUGCUGGGGUUAAGCUGCUUGAAGGAGAGGGAAAGGUUGUUGGGCCUAAUGAAGUUGAGGUGACACAAUUAGAUGGCACUAAAUUGAGCUAUUCGGCAAAGCACAUACUGAUUUCAACUGGAAAUAGAGCUCAACGUCCUAAUAUUCCUGGGCAGGAGCUGGCUAUAACCUCUGAUGAGGCAUUGAGUCUGGAAGAUAUGCCCAAGCGUGCUGUGGUGCUUGGUGGAGGGUACAUUGCCGUUGAGUUUGCUUCAAUAUGGCGUGGCAUGGGUGCCACUGUGGACCUAGUUUUCAGAAAGGAGCUUCCGUUAAGAGGUUUUGAUGAUGAAAUGAGGGCAGUGGUUGCAAGAAAUCUGGAGGGCAGGGGAAUAAAUUUGCACCCCAGGACAACUUUGACGCAGUUAAUUAAAACUGAGGAUGGCAUAAAAGUUUCUACAGAUCAUGGAGAAGAGUUCUUGGCAGAUGUUGUGCUUUUUGCUACUGGUCGGGCACCCUAUACAAAGAGGUUAAAUUUGGAGACUGCAGGCGUGGAGCUUGAUAGUACUGGAGCUAUUAAGGUUGAUGAGUACUCACGCACCAACAUACCUAGCAUAUGGGCUGUUGGUGAUGUCACAAACCGAAUGAAUCUUACCCCUGUGGCCUUAAUGGAGGGAACAUGCUUUGCAAAAACUGUUUUUGGUGGGCAACCUUGCAAACCAGAUUAUAGGGAUGUACCAAGUGCUGUAUUUAGCAUACCACCUUUGUCUGUAGUAGGCCUCAGUGAAGAGCAGGCAAUAGAGCAAGCAAAAAAUGAUAUAUUGGUUUUCACUUCAACCUUCAAUCCUAUGAAGAAUACUAUCUCUGGACGGCAAGAGAAGACAGUGAUGAAGCUUGUUGUUGAUGCUGAGACGGAUAAAGUUCUUGGCGCUUCAAUGUGUGGGCCUGAUGCUCCUGAAAUUAUACAGGGAAUUGCUGUUGCAUUGAAGUGCGGAGCAACAAAGGCCCAAUUGGACAGCACGGUGGGAAUACACCCUUCUACUGCCGAGGAAUUCGUGACAAUGCGAUCAUUGACCAGGCGCAUUACUGCAGGAAGCAAACCAAAGACAAACCUAUAAAAAAAUCAUGAUGGGAAGAGAGAAACCUAGGUUGAAUGUUUCACUUAUACAAUAAAAAAUCAGGCAGAUGAUUAGAAUGCUGAUGUGCAGUCCAGUAAUAGCUGCAGUCUUGUAUAAUAUUUAUAUUAAAAGCAUUUCAGAUGUUGGAAACAGUGUAAUUUUGUUUCUUAAAAUAAUACUGUUAUUGGGAUUAGCAUCCAUUAUCCUCAGAUGUGGUUACGUUAGCCAAUGGCAACACUAUUUCUAGCAAUAUGAUCUCGUAUAUACAAUAAAUUUUGAUUAAUCCAUCAGAUGUA